AACGCAGCACUAAUCGAGGAAGGUACAUGUACACAGAUAUACAUGUCAACAGUUCAGUGGGUUUAACGCGUUGGUCGAGCGGCAUAAGGACUCAGCAACAACAACAACAACAUAGUAGGUUUAUUUUGCGGCACAUCGUGCAUUUGUCAGUCCUUGGAGGAGGUUGUGUGUCGUCGAUGGGCAGGGCUAUGCUCCUCCAGAGGUGGCUCGGUCCCACCCUGCUGUCAGCUGGUCACCGUUCUGCAGGAGGGAGGAAACAGACGCCGUUCACCCCCAAGCUGAAACACGUGUCUCUCUUUAGGAGUCCCAGCAGCAGACACGGCAUGGCGGAAGAAGCGAAGAAACUAGCAGGCUAUGCUGCGGUGGAUAAUCAUGUUCAGAACAACCAGGUAGUUGGAGUGGGCAGUGGCUCCACCAUUGUGUAUGCUGUAGACAGACUAGCGGAGAGAGUUCGUCAGGAGAAACUCAACAUAGUGUGUGUCCCCACCUCCUUCCAGGCUCGUCAGUUGAUUCUGCAGCAUGGUCUAACCCUGUCGGAUCUGGACAGACACCCAGAGCUGGACGUGGCCAUCGAUGGGGCAGACGAGGUGGAUGCUGCUCUCACACUCAUCAAAGGAGGAGGAGGCUGUCUGACUCAGGAGAAGAUUGUAGCCGGCUGUGCCAAACACUUCAUCGUCAUCGCUGACUUCAGGAAGGACUCCUCGGUCCUGGGCCAGCAGUGGAAGAAGGGUGUUCCUAUUGAGGUGAUCCCUAUGGCCUACGUCCCCGUCUCCAGGAGCGAUAGCCAAGCGCUUCCUGGUGCCCUUGUUUACAGAGUUAGGGUUAAUAACGCUGGUCCGGUGGUAACGGACAACAGUAACUUCAUUCUGGACUGGAAGUUUGAACACACUCACAACUGGAAGGAGGUCAAUAUCGCUAUCAAGAUGAUACCAGGUGUGGUAGAGACAGGUCUGUUUGUGGGGAUGGCAGAGCGGGUGUACUUUGGGAUGGAGGAUGGUAAUGUUGGGGUCAGAGACCCUCCAGUCAACUGACCUGAGCCCUGCUCCACCUGGAACCAACCAGCACCCCCUCCACCUGGAACCAACCAGCAACCCCCCUCCACCUGGAACCAACCAGCACCCCCUCCACCUGGAACCAACCAGCAACCCCCCUCCACCUGGAACCAACCAGCAACCCCCCUCCACCUGGAACCAACCAGCACCCCCUCCACCUGGAACCAACCAGCACCUUCCCUCCACCUGGAACCAACCAGCACCUUCCCCCUCCACCUGGAACCAACCAGCACCUCCACCUGGAACCAAUCAGCACCUCCACCUGGAACCAACCAGCAACCCCCCCCUCCACCUGGAACCAACCAGCAACCCCUCCCCUCCACCUGGAACCAACCAGCCUUAACCACAGUGCCCUAUUUUAUUAUGCAUACAUCCCAAAUGGCCCCCUAUUCUCUAUAUAAUGCACUACCUUAGACCAGUGCCCUAUUAGAGCCCUAUGGGUCCUGGUCAAAGAGCCCUAUGGGUCCUGGUCACAGUGCCCUAUUAGAGCCCUAUGGGUCCUGGUCAAAGUGCCCUAUUAGAGCCCUAUGGGUCCUGGUCAAAGUGCCCUAUUAGAGCCCUAUGGGUCCUGGUCAAAGUGCCCUAUUAGAGCCCUAUGGCUCCUGGUCACAGUGCCCUAUUAGAGCCCUAUUAUGGGUCCUGGUCACAGUGCCCUAUUAGAGCCCUAUGGGUCCUGGUCACAGUGCCCUAUUAGAGCCCUAUUAUGGGUCCUGGUCACAGUGCCCUAUUAUGGGUCCUGGUCACAGUGUCCUAUUAGAUCCCUAUGGGUCCUAGUCACAGUGUCCUAUUAGAGCCCUGUCAGUCUAGUUAUACACUUGUAGCCUGUAUUUACUCACUGUGGCUGUAGCUAAACCUGCAUGGACUCCCUGAGUGGUUUCUAUUCUCUUCAGAUAAACAGAGAACCCUGGUGCUGUUGGGGCACACUGAAACCAAUGGGCCCUCGUCAAAUGUAGUGCACUAAAAUAGGCAAUAGGGUGGCAUUUUGACCACUAGCCUGAACAUCUGUCUGUGUUUGUACUGAGAAUUGUCUCAUCCGUUUGCCCUUUCACUGUCUUACAACAUGUUGUUGAUCAUUUGCCUGGUCCCAGGUCUGCCUCUGGUUGCCUGGUCCCAGGUCUGCCUCUGGUUGCCUGGUCCCAGGUCUGCCUCUGGUUGCCUGGUCCCAGGUCUGCCUCUGGUUGCCUGGUCCCAGGUCUGCCUCUGGUUGCCUGGUCCCAGGUCUGCCUCUGGUUGCCUGGUCCCAGGUCUGCCUCUGGUUGCCUGGUCCCAGGUCUGCCAAGCUAACAAUGUGUGUUGAAGUAAUGUCACUAGUAAUGUUAUGAAACAGACAGACAGGCUGUUGAAGUCGGCAGGAUGGCCCACACACUGUUUCUCAGGACAUGUCUCUGUCUAGUUGUUGCACAUCGUUUCCUUUCGUUGCUCAAGCCAGCCUUGUGCCAUUCUCUUACCUAAUACCAAAGUUGCAGUGCCUGGAUUUACAAAACAUUUCUUAAGGUUUUCAAAAUCCAGGCCCUGGUGUACUCAAUGUUCCCUGAGUCUACACCUGGUGUACUCAAUGUUCCCUGAGUCUACACCUGGUGUACUCAAUGUUCCCUGAGUCUACACCUGGUGUACUCAAUGUUCCCUGAGUCUACACCUGGUGUACUCAAUGUUCCCUGAGUCUACACCUGGUGUACUCAAUGUUCCCUGAGUCUACACCUGGUGUACUCAAUGUUCCCUGAGUCUACACCUGCUUCCAAACAGCAGUACAGGGGAUGUUGUGUUCAAAGGGGGGUCACCUUAACACUUGAACACGGUUAUAAUGCACCAAACUAUUAAAUGGCCGUGCAUGUCCCGAUCUGUAGCCUACUGACUGUCUGCGUCUGGCUCCAAUAACAUCACUUCUUCUAUUGUAGAUCCUUUAUGGGUCAAUUAGCAGGAUGUUGCAGUUUAGCACCAGCUAUACCUCUCUACCUACCAUAGCUAUACCUCUCUCUACCUACCAUAGCUAUACCUCUCUCUACCUACCAUAGCUACUCCUCUCUCUACCUACCAUAGCUAUACCUCUCUCUACCUACCAUAGCUACUCCUCUCUCUACCUACCAUAGCUAUACCUCUCUACCUACCAUAGCUAUACCUCUCUCUACCUACCAUAGCUAUACCUCUCUACCUACCAUGGCUACUCCUCUCUCUACCUACCAUGGCUAUACCUCUCUCUACCUACCAUAGCUACACCUCUCUCUACCUACCAUGGCUACACCUCUCUCUACCUACCAUGGCUAUACCUCUCUCUACCUACCAUGGCUAUACCUCUCUCUAC